UUCGACCCAUGAUGGCUGGUCUGGUGCUCCUUGUCGGUCAAGUAGCAGACGGCCUGAGUACCCCUUUUGUGAGGAUAUUUUCCGACAAAGAAAACAGAAUCCCUGUGUGCGCCAGAUACGGUCGCCGGAAAGUCUGGCACUUGGCUGGCACCAUUCUGGUUGCCCUGAGUUUCCCAUUCAUCUUCAACUCCUGCUUGGGAUGCAAAGGCACGAACCAAUGGACCCAAUUUGCAUAUUACGUGUCCUUCGUGUGCGUCUUCCAGUUUGGGUGGGGGUGCGUCCAGAUCUCUCAUCUGGCCCUCAUACCUGAACUCACGACGGAGAAGCGCCAGAGGACUGAGCUGAAUUCCAUUAGGUACGCCUUUACUGUGCUGUCGAACCUGAUCGUCUUCGCAGUGACCCUCCUUGUGCUGAAAACGGGUUCAGACAGCAACAUCGAUGACCCAAGUCAAAGGGUUAUCAGGCACGCCAACUGCACCGCACGGGGCGACGGGGCUGGACUAGUCGCUGUUGAACCCGUCGAGAAACCCUGUUACUUGGAUACUAUUGGACCUGCCUGAAGAUGUGGGGAAGUUUCAUAAUGUGGCUCUGAUCUGCAUGGCGGUCGGUCUCAUCUUCUCAACAAUCUUCCAUAUCGGAGUGAGGGAACAAUCCUUCUCCAGGGCCCAGAUCCAAAUGGACGAGAGGGGAAGGCGGAGGAAGGGAGGAAGGGACAUCAUGAACGAAGAAGGGCUCCAGUCCAACGGUGAUAAAGAAGCAGGAGAAGAAGAAGAAGAAGAAGAAGAAGAAGAAGAAGAAGAAGAAGAAGAGAGAACCGACGAUACUAUUGUUCUGAUGGAGAAGGUUUCCUGCCGUCGAAUGAGAAUCCUCGAUUGGUUUAAGGAGGCGCCCUUCUACCAGAUUGCUGUGCUCUAUCUAGCAACCAGGCUCUACGUCAAUCUGUACCAGGUCUAUAUUCCACUUUACGUUCAGGAGACGCUAAAACUGGACGAGACUUUCAUCGCCACGGUUCCGUUCGCUAUGUUCCUUGGCGGAUUCCUCAGCUCCGUCAGCAUGAGACACAUUAAUACACAGAUUGGAAGAAAGCGCUCUUUUGCAGCCGGCUGCAUCGUAGGUCUAGGAGGAUGUCUCUGGGUGUGGCUGGGAGAAGGAAACAGCUACGGUCAAUGGGGCAUAUUCGCCGUGGCAGCUCUUUUGGGCAUUGCUGGGUCCACUUUGCUCAUCACAUCGCUGUCUUUCACAGCGGAUCUCAUAGGAGAUAUUGUGGAGGGAGCUGCGUUCGUCUACGACUUCAUGAGUCUCACGGACAAGAUCUCCAAUGGCGUCAUCGUCAUGUUGAUUCAAGACUUCAAUCCUGAUGAAGGCUGGUACUACCGCUACGUGAUAUCCUUCGCUUGCGGCUCAGCCUGCGUCCUUGGGGUCCUCGUCACUCUGACGCUGACCAGAUUCAAAAUCGGCAACAGAAGAGCUUACUCGCAAGAUGAAACGUCGCCAUACCUGAGGGACGAUUCUGCUCCUCUCGUCACAGACAGAUUGUCUGGUUCCUCGUCUCCUUCUUCUUCUUCUUAG